AUGGAGCGAGGGGAGAGGCCGUUCGGGGGGGAUCCGCAGGACGCGAGGCUGCGGGAGACGCCCAACACCUGCGGCACAGGAAAGGGCUGGGCUGGCGCGAAGCGCGAGGUCGUGGUGAAGACGGAGCCGGAGGACGAGUCCUACAUCGGGUGUCCCCAGGGCCUGGAUGCCACCCACCCCAGUGUCCCCAGCGUCCCCAGCACUGGCGUCAAAGCGGAGGUCGUCGUUAAAAGCGAGCCCGAGGACGCGGCGUACGGCGGUUACUGCCCCGGCUGCGGGGAGGGGGACGUGCCCCACCGCCCCACUGCCUGCGAUGCCAAGCCCGAGGUCAUCGUCAAGGUGGAGCCGGAGGAGGAGUCGUUCCCGGGGUGCACCCGAGCUCUGGGUGACCCAGGAGCUGCCGGCCACCGCGGCGGCGCAGGCGGUGAGCAGCGUCCCAAGGAGGAGCCGGAGGAGGUGAAACCGGAGGCGGCUGAGCUGGAGAAGAGCCGGGGGGCUGCCUCGGGGGGCUGCCUGGGGGCCCGGCCCCGCGUCAGCCAGUGGACGGUGCGGCAGGCGCAGGACGCCGUGGCAGAGCUCCGGCGCAGCCCAGCGGUGCCCGGAGAGCCGCCGGUCACCCCCGAGCCCCGGGGGCUCUGCCUGGAGAAAGACACAGCUCCGGCCGUGCCGGUGAGCAGCGCUGGGCAGAAUCCGCCCUCCGCCUGCGGGCCCGGCAACACCGCGGCCCCCGGCACCGAGCCGGCGCGGCGUCCCCGCAGCCACCCGGCCGAGCGUCCCUUCGCCUGCAGCGAGUGUGGGAAGAGCUUCCAGCACCGGGGGAACCUCAUCACCCACCUGCGGGUGCACACGGGGGAGAAGCCCUUCGCCUGCACCGUCUGCGGCAAGAGCUUCAGCCAGAAGGGCGACCUGAUGCGGCACCAGCGCAUCCACACCGGCGAGAAGCCGUUCGAGUGCACCGUCUGCGGCAAGAGCUUCUGCUCCAAGCAGACCUUCAUCCUGCACCAGCGCAUCCACACCGGCGAGAAGCCCUUCUCCUGCACCGAGUGCGGCAAGAGCUUCAACCGCAAGGCCAACUUCAUCACCCACCAGAAGAUCCACCGCGGCGAGCGCCCCUUCAUCUGUGCCGAGUGCGGCAAGGGCUUCUGCGCCAAGAAGACCUUCAUCCUCCAUCAGAAGAUCCACAUCGGCGACCGGCCCUUCGGCUGCUCCGAGUGCGGCAAGAGCUUCAGCCGCAACGGCGACCUGACGCGGCACCAGCGCAUCCACACCGGCGAGCGCCCCUUCGCCUGCGCCGACUGCGGCAAGUGCUUCAGCCACAACGGCGAGCUGAUCAAGCACCAGCGCAUCCACACCGGCGAGAAGCCCUUCACCUGCACCGAGUGCGGCAAGAGCUUCAACCGCAAGGGCACCCUCAUCACCCACCAGCGCAUCCACACCGGCGAGCGCCCCUUCGUCUGCGCCGAGUGCGGCAAGACCUUCAACCUGAAGACCACGCUGAUGAAGCACAAGCGCAUCCACACGGGCGAGCGUCCCUUCACCUGCCUGGAGUGCGGGAAGAGCUUCAAGUACAAGGGCAACCUCCGGACCCACCACCUCACCCACACGGUGGAGCGGGUCUACCCCUGCACCGAGUGCGGCAAGGUCUUCAGCCACAAGAAAGAGCUGACGGUGCACCAGGGCGCGCACGCCGAGGAGCGGAUCCUCUCCUGCUACCGCGAGGGAGACUCCUUCAACCCCUUCCUCCCCGUGCACCCGCUCCUCGUCUCCUGCGCCCAGCUCCCGGUGCCGCUGGAAGCCCUGUCCAAGUACAAGUAG